CGGCUGGAGAGAAGGCGCCACAGAGUGAAAAGAUCUGGUUUGCCUAGUGUGUGGAGUGGAAGCUAUCCAUACUCAAAUAGGUGGUUACUUCAUCAACCUGACUUGUCUGCUGUUUCCAUCAACAUAAACCAGCCGAGGACAAAGCUUGAGCCUUAUACUUGCUAGUCUGCCACUGAACCUAAUUCCCACCCCAACUUGAACCAUUUUGGAGUUUGUGUUUCAGCUGAGCCAUCUAUUUCAUCUCUAAGCCACCAUGAGCUGUAAGAAGCGCAAAUCUCUGAAGAUUCCAUUUAAUACAAGGAAAAAUAAAAAAAUCAACGACUAUUUCUCUCAGGUUCCCAAAGAAGAGCAGAAUGAUCCCAGUAUUUCUCACGUAAAAAUGGACUCUAAAAAAAUGCCAAGGGACAUAACCAACACCAGGGGCCAAAGACCACUUUCACCUGGGAAAAUUCGACAAGAUCAGACUCCUCCCCUAAAUAAGAAAAUUAAGAUCACCUUUGGUGUGAACAUUAGGAAACACAAAGACAUGAAAUAUGAGCUCACUCAUGGGGAGACAAGUAGCUUGUAUGCAGCACUCAACACUCUCAGUGCUGUCACAGAUGAGAUAGAAAGUCAACAGGGCAAAGAAAUGCUGGUGUGUGGCAAAGAAGGAAUUGAAGGGUACUUAAACCUUGGCAUGCCCCUCUGCUGUAUACCAGAAGGCAGCCACUUGGUCAUUACAUUUUGUCAAUGUAAAAGUAAGACAGAGGAAAAUAAGCAAUUCUUUGAACCACAGGACCAAGUAUCUACCAAUUAUGUCCGAUUUUACAUUCAUGCAAUUGGGAGUGAGAAGAAAACAAUUCUGAAGUGUGGGAAACUUCGCAAAAAAGGGAACAAACUCUGUGUCUAUGGUGUCAAAGGAGAGACCAUCAGGGACACUCUGAGGAAGGAUGGCAGGUUCUGUUCUUUCAUAGAGAGUGACCAUUGGCAACUCAUUAAUGACCAUGACACCAUCAUAGAAAACACCCAGCCAGUUGAUGAGUUAGAGGGCAAGCUCUUUCAGGUUGCAACUGAGCUACCAACGAACCGUAGGGUAGUCUCUGUCACUCAGAAUUCUGAGUUAGAGAACAGAAACUUUCGUAAGAUAGAAGACUACAUUGUGAAUGAGUAUCCUGCAUUGAAAACAGAAGGAGAAAACCUCAGACGAUACAUCAAGGAAGAAAGUGAAAAAAGAAAGAAGAAAGGUUCCUUAUUCAAAGUGCAUAAGGAACACUUUGGGAAAAUAAAAAACAGUUCUAUUCCUGUGAAAGUGAACAAACAUCUUUCGAGGGUCAGUGACUCAGUUGGGUUUCUAUGGUGGAACAACAAUGGAAAUGAGGGCUGUGCCACCUGCUUUGUUUUUAAAGGAUUGUACAUUUUGACUUGUCGGCAUGUGAUAACUAGCAUUGUGGGUGCGAGCAUAGAUUCAAGUAAGUGGGCAAGCAUAAUUAGUCAGUGUGUGAAGGUGGCCUUUGAUUACGAAGAGUUCCCAUUAAUAGAAGACAAGUUUUUUGUUGUUAAACCUUGGUUUGAGAUAUCUGAUGAAAACCUUGACUACGCUGUCCUGGAACUGGAGGAAAACGGACAAGAAGUACCUGCUGGACUGUACAAUGGAAUAGGACCUGUGCCACAUAAUGGGUUGAUUUAUAUCAUUGGCCAUCCAGAGGGAGCAAAGAAGGCUAUUGAUGACUGUACAGUGGUCCCUCAAGAUGAUAGAGAAAGAAAAUGUGAGGAAAAUUUUCAAGAAAGAGAAGAGGCAGGCUACUGUUUUUCUAUGUCUUUUAUCCAUAUGCUCACGGAGAAAAGCUUCCAGGAAAUGCUUCACAACUCUGAUGUGGUUACUUAUGACACCGCUUUUUUUGGUGGUUCUUCUGGAUCUCCAGUGUUUGAUUCUAAUGGUUCAUUGGUGGCCAUGCAUGCUGCUGGCAUCACUUGUGCAUACCAGAGUGGAGUUUCUAGUAUCAUUGAGUUUGGUUCUACUAUGAAAUCCAUUCUUGAUAAUAUUAAGCAAAAGGAAGAGUGGUAUAAUAAAAUUUUUUUAAAUGAUCAAGAUGUAGAAAUGAGCCCAGAUUCCUGAGACCUGGAAAGGGCUUAACCUAUUUUACAACUUUAAGGGAAUUGUCUAUGGUGUUUUUCUGCAGACAAUAAUGUUUUUGAACUUUCAAAAUGAUUAAUUUCCCCCAAUAAUAGUAGUUCUAGAUUAUGUCUUAUGUUUCAGGCAUUUUUACAGUUUAUUAAAACAAACAAACAAACAAACAAAUACCAAAACCAUCAGCUGAAUAAUUUAUAUAAGAUAACAUGAAAAAGAAGAUUAUGUACUAAUGUGGUUUCAGAUCCCAGUGACAGGAGAUGCUAAGAUGUGAAAGAGCUCAGAGCAUAGAAACUGAAGUUGUGGACCAAAAGAUUCUUGAGAAAAAAGCCUACCAAGAUCCUGGAAACUUGAACCAAUUUCAAACUCACUCAUUUGGUUCUACCCAUAUCUUCCUUCUCUACUGCUCAGAGCUCACCCAGGACCCUGCGUCACCCUUAAGAGGUUCCUGAACAUAGUUGACUGUCUUCCACUUUGGCUUUUUGACUUAAGACUUGGAUCUGAAAUGAACCUGCAAGGAAUGGUGUGGGAAUCAUUGAGCAGGCAAGGAACUGCUCUCUGCCAUAGAAUUGUGCCCCUGAGAGUUCCUGGACUUGAGUUAUGGAGAGCAAACACUGGAAUCGGUGGUUUUUACUUCAUAGGAUUCACAAUGGAGAAGGGCUAGGAGGAUACUGGACACCGCCUUGGACAAUUCUCAGCAGUGUGACACUCAAGUCCUGGUCUCUUGGAGAGAAAGGAAGCUGUGUUCAAGAAGUAAUCUUAUCAAAACCAGAGUCAAUGAGAACUUACAUUCAGAAGACCAGAGGUCUUGGAUUAUUUGAGGGAAAGUGGAAGAAGUAGAUGAGAUGCUUCGGGAAGGUUGCUGAGAGAUCCCACAAUUGCUUCAGUUCUUCCCUCUAUCAGUCCUGUGUCCUGUAUUAGACCUAACAUGAUCCAACCCACAACUCCCAUUAUUUUCCAGACAUCUCCUAGUGCUGUAGUGAGAUAUGUUGUGUCCCCUGCCUACUGUAUUUUUCCCAAAGCAAAUGCAGGUGAAUCACCUUAAAAAAAAACAGUGUAAUAUCUGUGGUGGGUUUUUAAAUAUGAGAUGAAAGAAAUUAUUUGUAUGGAAUUUCCAUUGUUUUAGUCCAAAUACUCAUUCUCAACAUUAUAAAGUAAUAAAUGUUUUCAUA